UAAUAGGAUGAAUGGAGAUUGAGGCGAGCAGCGUCUGAUUACAGACUCCAGCAGCACCGACGGAGGAGCACCGUCUCUCUCUCACUUCCAGCUCGUCUCUCCGCAAGUCAACACGUCGCGCACCAUUUUCUAUCGAAGGAAUAUAGAUCCACGUCGGUCAUAAACUGUGGACAACUACUCUCCAGGCGCAUCUGCUACUCGACUGGAUUAACAUCUAAUGGGGGAAGCGGAGUGAACUCGCAGUUCGGGCCACCGUAACGCAGUCGCCCCCCCCCUUCACUCGUCUGAGCCUAAGUUUGGGAACCUGAGUGUGGAAGCUCUUGCACUUUUGGGCGGAACCGAUCUCGAGUUGGCUCCAGCGGCCGCGGCUGCGUCUCAGCAUCAACUGUGCCUGUGACGCACACCAGUGCGGUGGAAGGCUGUUAUUUUGGACCUCUGUCCACCUCUCAUUUUUGUCUUUGAUAAGUUUCUUCUCUAGCCGCCAUCAUUCUGUGCUGCAAAGGUGACCACAGAAUGUCCAACGGAGACGUGGCGGAUCUGGGGAGCUCCGGCAGCUUCUGGGAGCCGGGGAACUACAAGCGGACGGUGAAGCGGGUCGAUGAUGGCCACCGGCUGUGCAACGACCUGCUGAGCUGUUUCCAAGAGAGGGCAAGAAUCGAGAAAAGUUAUUCUCUGCAGCUGAGCGACUGGGCCAGAAGAUGGAGAGGAAUUGUGGAGAAAGGACCUCAGUAUGGGACACUGGAGAAGGCCUGGCACGCCUUCAUGCAGGCGGCCGACAGACUGAGUGAGCUGCAUCAAGAGCUGCGAGACCGACUGGCAGGUGAGGACAGCGAGAAGAUGAAGAACUGGCAGAAGGAGUCCUACCACAAGCAGAUCAUUGGAGGCUUCAGGGAGACCAGGGACAUCGACGAUGGCUUCAGGAAAGCCCAGAAGCCUUGGGUUCGAAACUUGAAGGAGCUGGAAACCUGCAAGAAGACCUACUACCAAGCCAGGAAGGAGGAGUGGACGGCCAUUACCAGGGAAACGCACGCCAAGGCAGACCCAUCCAAGUCUCAGGAGGAUGUCCGCAAGCACACGGCUCGGGUGGAGCGCUGCAGCCAAGAGGCCAAAAAAGCAAAAGAGCGGUACGAGAAAGCCCUGGAGGAGUUGAACCGCUGCAACCCUCGGUAUAUGGAGGACAUGGAACAAGUGUUUGACCUGAGCCAGGAAGCUGAAAGAAAACGCCUGUGCUUCUUUAAAGAAGUUCUGAUGGACGUCCACACACAUCUCGACCUGUCCAGCAAGGAGGGGUUCAAGGACCUGUACCAGGAUCUGGGUCAGACCAUCCGAGCAGCCAAUGAUGCUGAAGAUCUGCGCUGGUGGAGGAACACCCACGGCCCUGGCAUGAGCAUGAACUGGCCCCAGUACGAGGAAUGGUCGCCUGAGGCCAGUCGCUCCAUCAGCAGAAAAGAGCGUGGAGGAAACUCGGAGGAGAACGUGGUCACGCUCACCAACAUUGUGUCUUCAGGAGACAAUGACAUCCCCCACAGCCCCGUCACGCUGGACAGCAGCAGGAUAAAAGACGAGUCGUCUGACUGGAUGGAUGAGGAAAGUCCAAAGAAGCCGGUGGUGAACGGCGGGUGGGAGGCAGAGGACGAAGAGGAGCAGGUAGUGGGAGUGCGAGUCCGUGCGCUGUACGAUUACACGGGCCAGGAGUCCGACGAGCUCAGCUUUAAAGCAGGAGAGGAGCUGCUGAAGCUGAGUGAGGAGGACGAGCAGGGCUGGUGCAAAGGUCAGUUGGGCAGCGGUCAGAUUGGCCUUUUCCCCGCCAACUACGUCCAAGUCCCUUAAUGCCCUGCCCCUCUCUCACUCCGCCAACGGUACCGCCACAGUCACGAUGCCACAGACGGAGCUGCCGAUGCCGACCUGCAGACUCCAUGUUUAACUCACAACUCACUAUUGUACACUUCUGAGCUCCGUUGUCGGACUUUUCCUCAGUUAAGGAGACAAUUCACAGCUGGAUUUAAAUCUCUCCCUGAGCAGAAAAAAGACUGGAAACCUUUCAUGAGGCUCCUACAGCUUUUUUUUUUUUUUUUUUUUUUUUUUUAAAUAUGUAUACCUUUUUUCAGUUUUUGGCUUCUACAAAACAAAAUGAAUUAAGUAGAUGUGCUACCUUCGCUCUUGGUCCAUCAUUAAUUUUAUGGCAUGAAUCACACAUUUAGCAGUGAGGCAGUUGUGGACCGGAUCACUGGACCAGGUUCACCCCAACUGGAGGAGGCUUCGGAAGCUCCGAUUCCUCAUCAACAUUGAACACUUUUCUUUCCCCUCCAUAAGCACCAUAGUCCAGUAGAAUCUUUGACAUCUUUUACUUGUUUUAUUUCCAUACUACUAAUUUAAAUUUCUUAUUUACUCAGUAGCUCUAAGAUGAAAGUCAGAGGGUUGAUGUAGUUGUCGCCCCUCGCUGUACAGAUGCUGGACACACGUUUCUCUCUGGUGUUGGGUGCACUUUGAUGGUUGAAGGGAAAAGUCAGGUGGGUCGUUACCGUGUCGUUCUGAAGCUGACGAUUGUGUAUUUUAUUUCUGAGAAAUGUAUCAUGUACAGUGGUAGCAGGUGGCAAUAAACAACUCGACCCAUUUUGUGUCUGUGUUUGAUUCCAA